AUGAACAGUAACUGCUGCCGGGCCCUGGUGCAGCGGAGGCCGGUGGGGCCCCCCAGCUGCAUGCCGCUGGGCGUCGUGCCCCCUCCCCGGCAGGCGCCCCUGCCCCCCGCCGAGCCCCUGGGCAACGUGCCCUUCCUGCUGUACCCGGGCCACGCCGCUGAGCCGCCCUACUACGACGCCUACGCGGGGGUGUUCCCCUACGUGCCCUUCCCCGGCGCCUUCGGGGUCUACGACUACCCCUUCGAGCCCGCCUUCAUCCAGAAGCGCAACGAGCGCGAGCGCCAGCGCGUCAAGUGCGUCAACGAGGGCUACGCGCGCCUCCGCGGCCACCUCCCCGGCGCCCUGGCCGAGAAGCGGCUCAGCAAGGUGGAGACGCUGCGCGCCGCCAUCCGCUACAUCAAGCACCUGCAGGAGCUGCUGAGCGCCGCACCAGAUGGCGCGCCGCCCCCCUGCCCCGCGCCGCCCGCCGCCUCCCGGCCAGACCGCCCAGGCGACCGCGAGGCCCGGGCGCCCCCCGCCCUGCUGCCCGAGUCCUCCGAGUCCUCCUGCUUCUCCUCCUCGCCUUUCUUUGAGUCGGAGGAAUCCAGCCAUUGAUCGGGCCCAUGCCGCCCCCGGCUUGGGGUGGGGUCGCCGAGAGUGGGACGGGGAGCAGCGUGGGUCUGCCGGGCCACCUGCGGUGCAGCGCAGGCCCGGACACGUGGAGGUGCGCGGGGCUCCUGCGUCUGCGACACCCUCCUUCCCCCACCAGCGUGGGGCGCAGGUGCAGGGCAGGGGGCACGAGGGGCACGGUGCAGAGAGUGGCGGAGCCUGCGAAGGCUCUGGGUGCACGCUGAGACCCUCCAGGCGACAGAGGGGCGGCCCCGACGGUCGUCCCCGGGCCUGGCUCCCGCUAGCC